GUUCGUAGUGGUUCUUUCUCUCUGUGUGUAACUAGGGUGACCGGAACGGCGAAGAUAGAGUCAGAUCGGAAGAGGAAGAAAGCGUCGAUCUCAGCCGCGGAUCGAACGGAGAAGGAUAAUCGGAAGAAGAAGGCAAGGAUGUCAUCGUCGAACAGACAAGGUGGUAGUGGUGGAGUAGAGGUUAGGGCAUCGCACAUAUUGAUAAAGCACGAAGGUUCUAGGAGGAAGGCUUCAUGGAAGGAUCCAGAAGGACGCGUCAUCAAGAACACAACGAGAGAAAACGCCGUUUCUCAGCUGAAGGCAUUCCGAGACGACAUCGUUUCUGGCAAGGCCACGUUCGAGGACAUCGCCUCUCGCUUCUCUGAUUGCAGCUCUGCCAAACGCGGCGGUGAUCUUGGUCCUUUUGGUCGUGGCCAGAUGCAGAAGCCUUUUGAAGAAGCAACUUUUGCUCUUAAUGUUGGUGAGAUUAGUGAUAUUGUGGAUACUGACAGUGGAGUCCACAUUAUUAAGAGGACAAAAUGAUUAUUACACGGAGUAUUCUUCUAGUGGGGAGAGACAUUAACAUCUGUAGAAGAUUUCCAGGAUUCUUGUUCAGCUCAGGAUCUGUUGAUAUAUUGAUGUUCUAGACAUGGCAGAGCCAUGUUUUUGGAUUAUAUAUUGUUUUCGCGACAACUAAAAACGUGUGGUAUGCUUGUAAUUUCGAAAGAUAUUCACAAGGUUUGGAUACUAUUGUCAUUGGCUAGAGCGGAUUUUUUGCUGGUACGUGAAUUUCGUGGUUUCACCCUUUAGAUGCGUUCCUACAGAAUGAAUAGAAU